AUGGGCCCAGUGCUCCCAGAGACACCCAGGGAGGAAAGCCCGACGUCGGAGCUGUACAAGGUUGUGAAGCAGCUCCGCCCCUUAUGGCUCCCUGUGAUCCUGGGUGGGGUGAACACGGGCAUCCAAACCUCCAGCUUGUCCUACAUCGGUUUAAACUUCUUUGCCCAGCAAUACACGAGCUUGAGGCCGGAAGAUAUCCACUGCGAGGAUACGCCAGAACUGGUUUACUGCCAGGCGGCCAUCAAGGACAACCUUUUCUGGAGCAGCAUUAUUGGGGCUGCGGGCUCCUUCCUCCACUUCACGCUGGGCCCCUUCCUGGGCGCCUUGAGCGACACUAUUGGCCGUAGGCCGGUGAUCCUGCUGUGUAGUUUCCUUGGCUACCCGAGCCUAUUGGCGUUGAUGCUCUUUGUGUACAGAAACACCAGUUUGUACUACACCUUUGCUCUCCUACCUUUGGCAGAACUGCCGGUGCUUGCGAUUUGGUUCGCCUUCAUCGUGGAUUUGAUGGAGGACACUCGCGACAGCAGCGUGGCUUUCGGCCUCAUCAUGGCCGCCGGACUCCUCGCCACGAUGUUGGGCACUGGAAUUGGCGCAGCACUGUCCCUCAAAGCAGGUGUACUCGUCAUGGCCAUUGUUUACGUCGUGAUCCUUCUGCCAUACCUGGUCGUCAUCGGCAGCACUUUCAUUGGCAACGGUUUCCAGCGGGUCAGCACAAGCUUUCUGCAGACGUAUGUGCACUGGCCGAAAUCCUGCAACAACUUCGCCAUAGCCAUUGCUAUGGCAUCCAGCGUAGCUUGGGCCGGAGUGGGCCUCUCUUUCACGUCACGGAUCGCGGGAGACGUGGGCACGCUAGGUUUGGCUCUCUUUGCGGGUGCUCUGUACAUGCUUUGCUUUGCCUUCGUCACGGAGGCAUGGCAUGUUUAUCUCUUGAAUGCGGUACUUUUGGGACCCCAGGCUUUGGCUUUUCCUGCCACCUCGGCCAUAAAGAGCCGGCUGGUGGCGGAGAGCGAGCAAGGGCAGCUACAAGGCGACUUGGCUGCGCUUGGGAUAGCCUCCGACACCUCAGGCCCGAAGACAAAAGCCUCUAGACUCUGGUUUUGA